GACGUCCUGGUAUCUCGUACUCAGGCCACAGCAUUAUCUGGCGCUAGGCGCGUCGACGUGGUCGAGUAUCCAGCAACACCUGUGUGGAGAGUGUCAAAGCGACUGAUGACUGAUAGGGGAACGGGCGGCAGCUGCGUUAAUAUGCACCAUAUACAUGCAAUGCAGGCCAGCGGGCAGAUGCGGUGAAGGGUCUGCCAACCCCAGAAAUACCGCACUGUUUAGCUGCCGACGAGCAGACGGCGAGCGCGGUGGAGUUAGCAUUGUGCGAGCGCCGCAAGCUGGCGAUCGAUAUGGGGACGUGUUGGGCCGGGGGAGAAUGCGUGUAAUGUUAUUGGAGAGAGAGGGAGCGUUGGACCAUGUGGAGAAAACGCCACUGCGUCACCAAAGACAGUUGCACUCCACUCCCGGCUGAAUCUCACCGAGACCCCGGCUGUCGUACCAGUUGACUGGCCUCGCCUUGCCGGUUACGGAGGCAAUGCGAUU